AUGGCUCGAACACUAUUAUCUGUAUUCAUUCUUUUUCUUCUUCCAAUUGCAUUACUUAUCGGAACUAUCUUUCGAUAUAGUAUUAUUUCAUUUAUAUAUGCUUUUCUAUUAUUGACUCUUCCAUGGCUUGGUCCACUAACUGAAAAUCAUAUUCGAACACGUUAUCGUCUAUUUAUAUUUCUUAUUGGUUUUAUAAGUUUGCUCAUAGUUCUUGCUCAAAUUAUAUUUCAAUCAGUUCUUCUUGCUAAAAAACCUUAUGGUCAUACUCUUAAUGAUUGUAGUGAAAUAGCACAAGUCCUUCAAUAUUUUGGUUUAGAACGUCUUGAUAAUUCAAAUGCUAAACGUAUUUUACGUUUAAUUUUUCCUGAUAUAAUCAUCUUAGCUAUAUCAAUCAUAUGUUUUGUUCUUCUUCGACGUCAAUUAAUAUCAAUAAGAUCUCGUGAAAUAGAUGAUCAUCCAACACCAACAGUCAUAUCACCAUUAACAGAUAGUAGUAUUAGUACAGCAAAUCAAAUGAAAUUAUGGCCAAGAUUAUUAUCUAUAAUAAGACGAGCACGUUUAUUUCUUCAAUUUGUUAUUGUUGGUUUUGCUGCAUUUGUCUAUCCAAGUAUUAUUAAUUCCAUAUAUUUUAUUUUUUUUCUUACACUUGCUUUUAUAUGGUCAUUAUCGGUUCAUUUUGGAAAAAAAUAUGCAUUAGCUCGAACAUUAUUAUCUAUUUAUGCAGGUGUACAUUUAUUAACUUUUUAUCUUUAUCAAUUUGGAUUUUUUCAAGAUAUUUUACAACCAUUAUCAUUAUGGAGCAAUAUUACAGGUUUAACAGCAAUUGUUAUAAAUAAUUGUACGAAUAGAGAACCAUAUUUGGAAAAAAAAUUAAUAUGGACUGAUUAUGUUAAUCCAUGUGCAGUGCUUAUACUUUAUUUUUAUUUUGCUUUUGAAACAAAUCAAACACUUUUUCAACGAAUACGAUCGAAUAUGACAACAACACAAUCAGUUGAACAAGAGAGUUUGGUUCAUAGUGGUGAUGGUCGUGAUACAUUUGAGCAAAAUUCACCAGUAGCACGUCGACGAUGGAGUUUAGAACAACCUGGUGAUCAAACAUGGUUUGGACGAAUUAUUUUUGUUGUUUUUUCUGCUCUUCGUGUACUCGAACGACAAAGUUAUUUAUUAUCAUUAAUGGCUAUGCUUGCAUGGAGUAUAACAUUUCAUAGUUUAUUAACAUUAGUCUAUCUUUUAUGGGCAUGUUUACUAUGGGUAUUACCUAAUUCUCGACAAUGGUGUUUAAGAAUGAGUCCAUUAUUUACAAUAUAUGGAGGAAUAUUAUUAAUUUUACAAUAUUUAGUUGGUUUUAAAAUAAGUUUUAAUCAAUUAAAUUUUGCAUAUGAUCGUCGAACUAUGGAACAAAUUGGUAUUCGUAUGGAUGAUUUUCAACCAGCAUUUAUUCCAUUACUUCUUAAAUCAUUUUAUAUGUUGUUUUUUUGGUUAACACUUCGACAAUAUAUCAAUGAAAAACGAAUUGCUAAUAAUACACGAGGAAAUGAACCUCGUCGAAGUAGUGCAUCAAAUGAUUCAUAUCCUCGUCGAUUAGGACGAUGGUUGAUUGAUCUAUUAACAAAAUAUUGGAUAUUUGUAUCAUGUGGUAUGCUAUUACUUGUUAGUAUUCAAAAUACAGUUGUUAUUUAUCGAAUUAUUUAUAUGGUAUUUUAUUUAUUUUUUAUUCUUUCAUUUCAAAUUUCAUUUCGAUUUUGGCGAAGAACAGCAGCAACAUUUCAUUUAAUUAUAGUUAUUUAUUCAAUGGUAGUUUUAAUUGGAAUAUAUAUUUAUCAAUUUGAAAAAGUAAAUGUAUUUUUAUCAAAAACAUUUAGUAAACAAUUACUUGCAUCAAUUGGACUUGAAAUUGUUCCAUCUGAUGUUUUAGCAAUUAAAUUACUUACACCAAGUACAUUUUUAGUUGUUAAUAUAAUGCAAUUAUAUUAUUUUCAUUCUGGUUGGAUGAAUUUAAUUAUGAUGCCAAAUGUUUAUUUUAAUAUUAUUGGAAAAAAUAUUCAAGGUGCACCGAAUGGUACAUUAAAAGAUAUUCAUGCGUAUGCUAAAGAAAAUGAAAUAAAAACUUGGCAAGAUAAAUUAUAUAAAUUUUAUUUUCGUACCAAUCGUUUUUAUAAACAAAUUAUUUAUUAUGGUUGGCGUUUUGCGGAAUUACAUGCUUUUAAAUUAGUUCUACUUAUAAUGGUUCUUGCUUCUGUACUUAAAGUAUGUGCAUUUAAUAUAGUAUUAAUUAUUUUAAUAACCAUUGGUUUAACAUUAUUUCAUCUUCGAAAAUUAAUUAAUUUAUUAACAUUAAUUGCAACAGGUCUUUAUAUACUUGCAUCAAUGUGUUAUCAAUUAGAAAUAGCAAAACAACAUAUAAUUGAAAAAAAUUUUUUUCUUAAAAAUUGUUCUCACAUUGAUUUAAAUAUAAGUUCAAUUCCAAAUGAUACAGCUAAAUGGUUUGGUCUUGAAUUAACACCAAAAAUUGAUCGAUUUAUUGGUCUUUAUAUAUUAUUAACAAUUUGUUUAACAUUUGAUGCCAUAGUACGAUACCGACAAAAACAUCGUCGUUUAUCAUUAUCAGUUCACUUUAAUGUUCGUCUUGUUGAAAAUCGUUUUCCAAUUUUAUUUGAACCAUUUGCAUUAAAAAAUAUGAAUGAUGAUACAUAUGAAUUUGAUAUUAUUAAUUAUAAACAAGCUGAUGAAAAAAUUUGUAAUUUUUUAAAAUAUUUAGCUAAUUUUCUUUUUUAUCGAUUUGGUUUAGAGAUAUGUUAUAUAACAACAGUUAUUGUUAUUGCUAUUCGUCUUGAUAUGAUGGCUGUACUUUAUGGUAUAUGGCUAGGAUUAUUUUUAAUAUCAAGUAGACGUUGUAUUCAACGAAUGUGGUUAUGUUAUGUUUGCUUUUUAAUUAUUUCUUUUCCUCUUCAAUAUAUAAGUGCUGUUGGAGCACCACCAUUUCUUUGCUUCGAAUAUCCAUGGACAGAUCUUAAAAUUGAUGGAUGGUUUCAAUUGAAACGUUGGUUUUUUUUACCAGAUUAUAAAAAUCCUCCAUUAGCAACACAAUUAAUUGCUGAUUUCUUUCAAUUAUUAUUUGCUUGUCAACAAUGGCGUGUAUUUCAAUAUGAAACAAAUGAAAAAGAUCUUAUUUAUGUAGAAUCAGGUGGAUCAAAUCAUGAAAUAAUUUAUGAUAAUGAUGUUUAUAAAAAUAAUCAAACAAGAGAUUUUGUUCUUAAAAGACAAAAUUGGUUUGAUCAAAUAAAAUAUAUUAUAUUUAUGUAUAGUGCAUGGUGUGUUCUAUCAAUAGUUUAUUUAGCUGGAACAACACGUAUUAGUUUACUUGGUCUUGGUUAUCUUAUAGCAUGUUUUUAUUUUUUUUGGUAUGGACAAGAUUUUUUAACUAAAUAUGUUACAGUUAUGCUUCGAAUAUGGACUUAUUUAAUUUAUUAUUGCUUUUCAGUUAUAUUUAUAAAAGCAUGUUUACAAGUAGCUGUUUGCAUUUUUCUUUAUCCAUUGACGCCUUGUGAAGGGAUGAAACGUACAUCUUCAUUUUGUACAUUUGUCGACUUGCUUGUACCAUGCUUAAGAUUGGACUUUAUUCCUCCAAGAAAUUGUCCUUCAUCAUCUAAGGGAAUACCAGAACAAUGUGAUAAAAGUGCAACUGAUGCUAAUUUGUUCAUGGAUGGAUUUUGUCUAAUAUGUUUAUUAUUACAAAAACGAAUCUUUGGUAGCUAUUAUUGGGAGCAUAUUGUUGUUGAACUUCGUUCACAAGCAAAUUUGGCUAGUCGAGGUGCUGUUUUAUUUAAUGAUAUUUCAGCUAAACGUAAUAAUGAAAAAGCUGAUAAAGAAGAACAAACAAUGAAAAAAAUAAAACGAAGUAUAGAUCGUAUCAAAGAACAACAAUUAAAAUUAAAUCGAUCAACACAUAACACUCCGACAACUGAACAUUUCGAAGUCAUUCGAUCAGGUGAUUAUUAUAUGUUUAAUGAUGAAUCAGAUGAAGAAGAAGAUGAAGGAACACAAGAUCAAGCAACUGUUGCUCAAGAACAAAUUAUUCAAGUUUUAACAGCACCUGAUAAACAAACAGCUGUUGCUGCUGCUGCACCAAAACCACCAAGCUCACCUCUACCUGAAUCAGACAAUCUAGAAUUUCAUCCAAUAUCACCUAUUGCACCUCCGACAACUACAAUGAUGAUAACACCAUCAACUACUGAACAGACAACAUCUGUUGAACCGAAAGAAAAAGAACAAAAGUCAAUUCUUUUUAAAUUAUGUUUAAUUGGUCAAAUUGUUAUUGAUUAUUUAAUUGAUUUCUUUAAUCGACAUUCACGUGAUUAUAGAGAUGUUUCAGAAAAAUUAUCUCUAAUGAAAGCACAAGAUAAAACUCAUCAACAUGAAGAACUUAUUAAUACACAAAGAGAUAUGACAACAGUUUCAGAUGUUCAUCUCAAUGAUGCUGAUCGUAUAAAUUCUGUAAAUGAUGAGUCUAUUACUACUGAAACAAUUUCUCCAACAACUAAUUUAAAACAACGUUCACGUCUUUAUAAUUUUUUUGAUUCAUUAUUUUAUUUUAUUAUGUCUCGUUCUGAACUUGUUUGUUAUUCAGCAAUGGUAAUUAAUCAUUUAACAUCAGGUUCAAUACUUUCAAUGCCAUUACCAUUAUCAAUAUUUCUUUGGGCUAUGUUACCAUCACGACCAUCAAGAAAUUAUUGGAUUUCAAUAAUAACUUAUACAGAAGCAAUGAUUGUUAUUAAAUAUAUAUUUCAAUUUCAAUUUUACCCAUGGAAUGCUUCGGAAACACUUCAAACGAAUCCAUUAGCACCUGUAAAUAUUAUUGGUAUUGAUAGAAAAGAAAAUGCUGCUUCAGUUGCAGAUCUUUUUCUACUUUUAUCAUUAUUUCUUCAUCGAUCAAUAUUAAAACAACUUGGACUUUGGAAAGCAGGAUCAGAUAAAAUAGAUGUUGCUCAAGAUGUUACUCAACAAGAAACUUCUCAAUCAGAAACACCGAAAUUACAAAGUGGUUAUUUUUUACAAACAAUAAUUAAUGUUUAUCGACAACCAAAACAAUUAUCAUUUGUUCGUGAUGUUUAUGCAUCAUUAUUCUUUUGUGAUUUUAUCAGUAUGAUUAUUGUUAUACUUUUCUAUAGUCAAUUUGGUGAACGAGCUGCUGGAAAUAAUGUCGUACAAACAAUCAAAGAAAAUAAAGUUCCUGUAGCUUUUCUUGUAAUGCUUUUAAUUCAAUUUUUAUUAAUUAUAAUCGAUCGAGGAUUUUAUUUACGUCGAAAUGUUCGUGGAAAAUUCUUUUUUCAUUUCUUUCAAGUUAUUGGUGUACAUGUUUGGUUAUUUUUUGUAUUACCUGCUAUAACACAUAUAAAAUUUCGUGAUAAUGUUGCUGCUCAAUUUUGGUAUUUAUUUAAAUGUAUAUCAUUUGGUUAUUCAUCAACACAAGUACGAUUAGGUUAUCCAAAACGUAUUGGUGGAAAUUUUCUAAUGAAAAAAUUUAAUUAUGUUAAUCAAAUAUUUUAUCGAAUUUAUUUAUUGAUUCCAUUUUUACUUGAAUUACGAACAAUUAUGGAUUGGAUUUUUACACGUACAGCACUUGGAUUAUCAAGUUGGUUACAAUUACAAGAUAUUUAUUCGGAUGUUUAUUUAUUGAAAUGUGCACGAUGGGCAGAACAAAAAUAUCGAACUGAUCGUGGUGUACCUCGAGCGAAUAUAACAAAAUAUGGUGUUGGUGGUUCUUUAUUACUUUUAUUAAUUUUAUUAAUCUGGUUUCCAUUAUUAUUUUUUUCAUUUUCAUCAUCAUUUUAUCAACCAAAUCCACCUAAAGAAGUCAAUGUUGAAAUUAAAUUAGGUGCAUAUUUGCCAAUUUAUCAAAUAACAGCACAAGAUAUUGAUUUAGUUCCAUUUACAGCAAAUGAUUUGAAAGUGUUACGUGAUAGAAUUGAUUCAUUAAAUAUAGGAACACCUACUAAAGAUGGUGCCUAUGCUUUUUUACGUGAUUUUAAUCGUGAUGAUAUACGAUGUGUUAAUUUAUUUGCUACAAGUGUUGAUCUUUGGGAAAUAAGUCAACCAAUACGUGAUAUUGUUGUAAAUAAUUUACGUUCAAAUGUAACAGUACCUGUACGAUUUUCAUAUACAAUAAGUCGUUAUCUAUUGGAUCAAGAUAAUUCUGGUGAUUUAACAACGGUUGUAACAGGCGAAAAUACAGUUGAUAUAACAGCAAAUGAUCAAAAUAUUCGAAAUGCAUUAAUUCAAAUACUUAAUGGAACAUUAGAAUCAAAAACAGCUAUAAAUUUUACAAUUAGAAAUUUAAUACCAAGAUUUUUACAUGUUAGACCAAAAGCAAAACCAGAAGAAAUAAUUGCUUUUAAAAAUGUUUUUGUUAAUGAUUAUUAUGCGAAUAUUACAAUGGGUUUAAAUCGUACAACAACAAUUCCAAAUAGUACAGAUGUUUGGUGGGAAAUGUCAGAAUAUGGAAAUAAAUAUACUUAUACUCCAUCAUGUGCAAUUUCCAAUCAAAAUUAUUUGAGUAUGAUCUUUUUCAAUGAUAAAGUUUCGCCAGCCAAUAUUUCAUUUCUUACUCGAUAUGGAAUAAUUGGUUUAUAUACAACAUUUGUAAUUGUUGUUGCCAGAUUAUUUCGAACACUUCUACAAACAAGUAAAACAAUUAUGUAUAAUGAAUUACCAUCUGUUGAACGAUUAUGGCAUCUUUUACGUGAUAUUUAUUUAGUUCGAGAAAAUAAUAUGUUAGAUUGUGAAGAAGAACUUUUUGCUAAACUUGUAUUUUUAUAUCGAUCACCAGAAACAUUAAUACUUUUUACGAAACCAAAGUCAGAAUAA